CAGCUCUAGGGUGGCAACAGCUCGGGGAUACAGAGAGCAUUAACAUGGAUGAUGGGCAGCCUGUGGGGAUUGAUAUAAAUACCUGCAUACCACACCACAGUGUUUACCGUACCUCCCACAGGUGAGCUCACUAGCGUAGCUCCUAGCCAUCUCAUCUCAUCUCAUCUCUCCUGACCUGGCUGUGAGGCUGUAGUGGCUGUAGCCAGGGAACAAAGUUGCCCUACCAGAAUGACGUGCCAAGCCUUUGGUGCAGCCGACUCGUUCACAACACUGACAGGAGACUCGUCAGCCCUGCCCCUGCUUAUGCACCAUGCGGGCGCUGGGGAAUGCCUGCCUGUCAGUAGCCAUGCAGCCAGCAAUAUGGUGUCAGCAGGUUUGUCUCUGGUCCAGUCCUCCAAAAUGUCCCACAUGCACUUGUCCACGUCCGCUCUUGGCAACACCUCAGCUGGCCUGCACUAUCCCAUGCCCCCCUGUCACUACAGCAACCAGCAAACCACAUAUGGGAUGAUGGCAGCACAGGAGAUGCUCUCUGCUAGCAUCUCCCAGACGCGUAUACUACAAACAUGCAGCAUGCCCCACCCCAACAUAGUCAAUGGAACCAACUCAUUACAAGGUAGCUUGGCCCCUUGCCUCUAUAAGUUUCCCGAGCACAGCCACAGCCACAGCCUGGGAGGUGGCUCAUGUCCGCUGAGCCACAGCUUCCCCCCGCUGCCCCAGGCCCUGCUGGCGGAGGAGCCCAGCAUGUGUGACAUCAAACAGGAGCUCCGCAGGAAGAGCCGGCCGCCAGAGGACCCUCCAGACAUGGACUCGCCACAGAUCCGGGAGCUGGAGAAGUUUGCCAACGACUUCAAACUGAGGAGGAUCAAGCUUGGAUAUACUCAGACCAAUGUGGGCGAGGCUCUGGCUGCAGUGCAUGGCUCAGAGUUCAGCCAGACUACCAUCUGCCGCUUUGAGAACCUUCAACUCAGCUUCAAAAACGCCUGUAAGCUGAAGUCCAUCCUCGCCAAGUGGCUGGAUGAGGCAGAGCAGGCAGGAGCUUUGUUUAAUGAAAAAAUGGGGAUGCACGAAAGAAAAAGGAAGCGAAGAACAACCAUCAGCAUGGGGGCCAAAGAGGCCCUGGAGAGGAAUUUUAUUGAGAAGAGCAAGCCGUCGUCUCAGGAGAUCAUCCGCAUGGCCGAGGGGCUGCACCUGGAGAAGGAGGUGGUGCGGGUGUGGUUCUGCAAUCGCAGGCAGAGGGAAAAACGGGUCAAGACCAACCUGCACCAAAGCGCCGCCGCUUACCUCGCCAAAGAAGCCCAGAUGUGCAGGUAGACUUCAUGGGGCAGUAUGGGUCUACUUUCGUGAAGACUCCUCUCCAUCGUCGUGGAAUAGAGAACAUUUAGACUACACAUCAGGAACAACAUUUCUGUCAUGUCAAUAAGAUUUGUCUUUGUCCUUAUCAUAAGAAACUACAUGGGUUGACCAGAAAACAUUUUUGAG